AUGCACAAUGGAGCCUCCCUUCCCAUUCUCUACCAGCUUCCCCUGUCAUGGCCUACUCUUCUUCCUCCGCCGCAGAUACUCUCUUCUACAGUAGGUUCACAGCUACCCCAUUUACCCCCCAACCCCUGCGAGCUCCUUCCCUCGACUUCCAACACCGUCCCAGUCCUCCCCAUUCGUAAUGAUGACUCUAGUGAUAUCUCUGAAACAAUAUUCCAAGAUCUCUCAAAAUGUAUCGCAAAGAAUGGAGAUUACCCUGUUGCUCGUGGCGGGUUCGGGGAGAUCUGGAAAUGCACCUUGUACAUCAAUCGCAGACCAGCCAAAGUCGCGGUGAAAGCAUUGCUGGUUUAUGCUGCUGAUCAACCUGGCGCAGCGAAGACGAAAAAGAUCAAAAGAAUAAUGCGUGAACUCAAAAUAUGCGCCAACCUCAAGCAUCCAAAUAUUCUACCUGUUUAUGGCUAUACAUAUGGCUUCGGCCCAUUCCUAGCGAUAGUCAGUCCUUGGGCGGAGAAUGGCAACCUGUCGGACUAUUUGGAGCUUGAAGGCGCGGCUCUUGAUCUCGUCAGACGAUUCUGGAUCCUCAGGGAUAUCAUAGCAGGUCUGCAAUAUCUUCAUGCUAACAGUGUCAUUCAUGGUGACUUCACUGGGCCCAACGUGUUGAUCCGUGGUGAUGGGACUGCAUGUGUUGCCGACUUCGGUCUUUCCUUGAUGUAUUCGGAGGUUAUCAGCGCCUCCAAGGCUUCCUGGACGUCCACACUCAAAGGAAAUAUGCGAUGGAUGGCUCCUGAGCUGCUCGUAGAGCAAGAGGAUGGAUCUCAAGUUCGGCCGAGCGAGCAGAACGACAUGUAUUCAUUUGGCGAUAUCAUGCUGCAGGUUCUCACCAACAAAGUACCAUAUUAUCACCUCUCGAAUGGUGCAGCCAUCAUACUCUGCAUAGCCAAGUCACAAACGCCUUCCCGAUUUCGUUAUGCUGAGCUCCCUGAACAGCACUGGCAGUUUAUCGAGCAAUGUUGGUCUACUGAUCCUCGGGACCGUCCAUCGACGGAGGAAGCUGAUGUGACGAUCAGGAAUGAAUAUGAUGCGCUGUCUAGAUCUGGUUGA